AUGCCCUUUUCUCUCUCUCUUUCUGCUAGAAAACUAACAUGCAAAUUCGCUGUGUCUAAGAUUGAUAUGGACAAGAUCCCUAGUUACAUUGAAUCAAAGCUUUUGCCAUUUCAGAGAGAAGGUGUAUGGUUUAUUUUGCAACAUGGAGGACGUGCUCUUUUAGUAGAUGAAAUGGGACUCAGCCACUCGGGAAAACUUUGCAGGCAAUUCAUCACUAGGACAUUUUCAUACCUUCUAUCUGCAUUAUCUGUAGCAAUUGCUGUAGCUUCACGCAUUCAGGACUCAUGGCCUGUUCUCAUACUUGCACCAUCAUCAUUGCACUUGAAAUGGGCUUCUGUAAGGAUUGUACUUAGACGUUCUCCAGACCUAAUAGAGAUAUAUGGAGAAACUAAAAAUGUCAGAAAGCUCAAUAUUCAAUAUUCAAUAUUGCUUAGUGGAACUCCUGCCUUAUUCCGACCAAUAGAACUGUUCAAGCAGAUGGAAGCUUUGUAUCCUGAUGCAUAUAAGAAUGGAGUUUUUGGAGUUUAUCAAGGGGUAAGUAAUCAUGAAGAGUUACACAAUUUGAUGAAGGUGACAGUGAUGAUACGAAGGCUUAACAAAGUUGUUCUUUCUCAACUUCCUGUAAAGUGUAGGCAACAAAUUAUGAGUAAUUUUCUAAAACUUCCACUUCUGAAAACGGUUCAAAAAAUUUCUCACCACUCUUCACUGUUGGAGGUGGUAAAAGCCAAUAUUAAGUCUGCCAAAUCAAAAGAUGAGGGUGAAUCUCUUAAGUUUACUCAUAAGAAUCUGAUUGACAAGGUUUAUAGUUUCUACUGCAACAUUUUCUCAGGCCUUGGCCUAUAUGCGAGUAGUUUAAAUCAUUUUGACGGAACUUUCAUUGAGGGGAAAAAAGUGGGUUGCAUCCGGAUUGAUGGAGGUAGACCUGCUGCAUCAAGGCAACAAUUGGUUACAGAUUUCCGGGAAGAGCACUCUAUCAAGGUAGCUGUGCCAUCCAUUAAUGCUGGAGGAGUUGGAUUAACUUUAACUGCUGCAAGCAGUUAUAUUUGCAGAACUAUCUUGGACUCCCGAUUUUUACAUCUUAGGGAUGUGGCGCAAUUCAAACUGGAUAAUUUGGGGCUGUUAUUGAAAAAUCAGAUGUUAGAUGGCCAUGAGAACACCUUAGCUGUGUCAAAUAAUCAGCCAUUGAGUAGCCCUGCAAAGCAUACUACUAUUGAGCAUAGCCCUUUAAGGCAGAGAACUCUUGACCAGUUUGUCAGAAGAUGUGAUAACGCGGAUAGGUCGGAACAUCAGCCUGACCCGAAACGGCCCUUAUUAACCACGUGUGCUUACAUGGGGAAUUCACCUAAUGAUGACACAAAUAUGCCUUUUGAAGCUGAAAUCCAUUGUACAACAAAUAAUAGAUUUUGA